GAACCCACCCCCCAAACAAAUCCCAGACCAGAACAAAUUAAAGUACCUUAGAACAAUAACAAACAGAAUUACCUGCCGCGCGCCCUCCACCAUCGCCGUCGAAUAAUAGAUCCCGUCGGUCCUGGCUCACAACGCUAAGGCAGGACUAUCGCAGAAGCAUUGCCAAUCCCCCACACGCGCAGCCACGCUCGUCUUUCCCCGUUCAGGCUGUUGUGAAGCGAAUCGCUGCCCAGCCAGACGCACUCGUUGUCCUUGGCGCGGCUGUAUCAUAGCGUCCGAGAUCGAGAACCCACCGCGUGCUGCAAGCCAGCUCUGACGUGGUUUGCCAACAGAGCAGUUAGAGACAAGCCCCCGUUCUAAAUCCAGUAUCUCUGCACGUUCGCCGACACCUAAAAAACAUGUCGUCGACCUCUCCCUCGAAGGAACCCGAGGUGGAACCCGAAGUUCAAUCGGGUGAAGACCAGGAACAAAUGGACAAGGAACAACACGACACUCAGGCGCAGGGUCAGGGAGAGUUCGAGGUGAAGGAGCAGGACAGAUGGCUACCAAUUGCAAAUGUGGCUCGCAUCAUGAAAUUGGCCCUGCCCGAGAAUGCAAAGAUCGCAAAGGAGGCCAAGGAGUGUAUGCAGGAAUGUGUGAGCGAAUUUAUCUCAUUCAUCACUAGCGAAGCGUCCGAGAAAUGUCAGCAGGAAAAGCGCAAGACGGUCAACGGGGAGGACAUUCUGUUCGCCAUGACCUCAUUGGGGUUUGAAAACUAUGCGGAGGCCCUGAAAAUUUACCUGUCUAAGUAUCGCGAGACCCAAUCCGCAAGGGGCGAGCAUCAGAAUCGUCCGACGAGCAGUGGGUAUGGGGCUGGCGGGCCUGUUGGGGGCCCUGGGGCUGGCGGCCCUGGUGGACGGCCAGUUCCACCCGGUGCCGCUGGUGCCUUUCCUGAAGCUGCCGACAGCGCCAACAGCAUCAUGAACCCUAACCUGGACCCCUCAGAGCAGGACACUUCCGCCUACGGUUACCCACCCAUGGUCGGCCAGGCGCACAAUGGCACCACUGGUGAAUCUUAUUAGCAUGCUUGUGCGCGGGAGAACCAUCCGCUGGACUCGACAACUAUCCCACGCUAGAGUCUUCGGAGUCCAAACAGACUCGAA